AUGGGUCAACGAAUUAGCUGUGUCGAGAAUUCCUCGGCGUCUGGGACUGCUGUUUGGGAAGUGGUUAACGACGAGGUGAUGACAUUAGCAAAUAAUUACCGAUACAGUCUGCAGCAAACAUGGGUAAAAAGGGGUUUUCUUCAAAUUGUCAAGGAUAUUCUCCGACUUUAUAUUAAGUUGGACUUACCACGAUUAAUGACACGCUACCAGUGUGAAAAAAUUGAGAAAUACUUCAACGAAUCUUGUGAAAACGAGGAAGUGAAGGCAAUAAUUAAAGCAUACACGGCAACUAAUGGCUUUUCUAGAUACAUUAAUAUGGACUUAGCUAAUCUGGUCAGCACCAAUGAUUGGCGGGACAUUCGUAUAAGUCCAAAUGCUCCUGAAGAUAGACAAUAUUGGGAAGGCGCCCUGGAUGUUGUUUGUAUCAUCGUCCAUCAUCCUGGACGGAGUACCUAUGAAGUGAAGCAAGAGACAAAGGUUUUUCGUGGUAUGAGCAUAUCAAAGAAUUACUUGGAUAAUUUUCAAGACGGUACUUGUCUGACGAAUAAGACAUUUUUAUCGACUUCCAUAACACAAGAUGUAGCAGAACGGUACUUGCACACAGAUGAGGAACUGACUGGCUGUCUGUGUAUUUACACAAUUGUACCAAGUGAUCGACGAACUGCUCUCCAUAUUAAAGACAUAUCGAAAAUAACCGACGAAGAGGAAGUUCUUAUUUUACCCUACACGACAUUUAAGGCAAAAUCACCAUCAUGGGGUUGUACCAGCCACAAUAUCAAAGGACGUCAGUUGGAACCAAUGUGUGAAGAUCUCGGACUCCAGAUUAGUCAAAUCAAUGGGCCAACAUCCAAACGUUCAUCCAAUGUAAAUGUUCAUAUCAGAGGUCUUCAAACAGCCGACGGUGUGGUAGAAACAGAUCCAGUACCAGAGGCCAGUAUUGAUAUUGAACGAGAAUUAGCUGAAGUCACUGAAAAGUACUUGCAGGAAGAAGCACAAGUAUUACAAACAACAUACAAAGAGGCGUUAGACACCAUCACUCGUAUUCAUCCAAAAAGAGCAAUAGAUCCAUCUGGAACCUCUAAUAUGAGUAUAAAAUAG